GCGGCCGGUGUGAGCCAUGUUCAUUUAUCUGAGUAAGAAGAUUGCAAUUCCUAACAAUACUCAGUUGAGAUGUGUUUCAUGGAACAAAGACCAAGGCUUUAUUGCCUGUGGUGGGGAAGAUGGCCUUCUGAAAGUGCUGAAACUUGAAACACAGACAGAUGAUACAAGAUUAAAGGGACUGGCAGCACCUAGCAACCUUUCCAUGAAUCAGACACUGGAAGGACACAGUGGUGCUGUGCAGGUGGUGACUUGGAAUGAACAGUACCAGAAGUUGACAACCAGUGACCAGAAUGGUCUGAUCAUUGUGUGGAUGCUGUAUAAAGGUUCUUGGUACGAGGAAAUGAUCAACAACAGAAAUAAAUCUGUUGUUCGCAGCAUGAGCUGGAAUGUGGACGGACAGCGAAUCUGCAUUGUAUAUGAAGAUGGUGCUGUCAUUGUGGGUUCAGUAGAUGGUAACCGAAUCUGGGGGAAGGAACUGAAAGGCCUCCAACUGAGUCAAGUGGCCUGGUCCCCAGACAGCAAGAUUCUUAUGUUUGGCAUGGCUAAUGGAGAAAUACAUAUAUAUGACAAUCAAGGAAAUUUUAUUGUGAAGUUGGUGCUUCAAUGUCUUGCUAAUGUGACUGGUCCAGUCAGCAUUGUUGGCAUCCACUGGUAUUCUGGAACAGAAGGCUACAUUGAAGCAGACUGCCCUUGCCUAGCUAUCUGCUUAGAUAAUGGUCGUUGUCAGAUAAUGCGACAUGAGAAUGAUGAGAAUGCUGUUCUGAUUGACACUGGUAUGAACGUGGUUGGUAUACAGUGGAACUACUGUGGAAGUGUAUUGGCAGUCGCUGGUUCCCAGAUGUCACCUUCUCAAGACAAGCAGGUCAAUGUUGUGCAGUUCUACACUCCUUUUGGUGAGCAUUUACGCACAUUAAAGGUUCCCGGCAAGCAAAUGUAUGCAGCGUCAUGGGAAGGAGGAGGACUGAGAAUUGCCCUUGCUGUUGAUUCUUUUAUUUAUUUUGCAAAUAUUAGACCAGAUUAUAAGUGGGGUUAUUGCUCCAACACAGUCGUAUAUGCAUACACCAGACCUGAUCGGUUGGAGUACUGUGUUGUCUUUUGGGACACUAAGAACAAUGAAAAGUAUGUAAAGUAUGUCAAGAGUCUCAUAUCAAUCACCACAUGUGGAGAUUUUUGCAUUUUAGCAACUAAGGCUGAUGAAAGUCCUUCCCAGUAUGUUCUCGUUUUGUGUAAUUCGAUUGGAACACCUUUGGAUUCAAAAUAUAUUGACAUUGAUCCGUUGUUUGUAACUGUGACAAAAACCCAUGUGAUUGUGGCCUCUAAAGAAGCAUUCUAUAUAUGGCAAUAUCGUGUGGCAAAGAAACUUACAGCCAUGGAAAUCAACCAGGUGGCACGGACCAGAAAGGAGGGACGUGAGAGAAUUUAUCACAUUGAUGAAACACCAUCUAGUUCAGGAGAUAGUUCACUGGAUUUCAGCAAGGCUUUCUCAGCAACAAAGGAUCCUAUCUGCUGCAUCACUGCAUCUGAUAAAGUACUAAUAGUGGGUCGUGAAUCUGGAAAGAUUCAGAAAUAUAGUUUACCCAAUGUUUGUUUGGUCCAGAAGUAUGUCUUGAACUGCAGAGGUUAUCAACUGUUGCUUAACUGUAAUUCCAGCCGCCUUGCCAUCAUCGACAUCUCAGGAAUUCUAACGUUUUUUGACCUUGAGGCAAGACAAAUGGACAGCACAGGCCAGCAAGUGACAGGUGAACAUCUGAAAUUUGAGCGCAAGGAUGUCUGGGAUAUGAAAUGGGCAAAUGACAACCCAGAUUUAUUUGCAAUGAUGGAGAAGACCAGAAUGUAUGUUUUUAGAAACUUGGACCCUGAGGAACCAAUUCAGACAUCUGGGUAUAUAUGUAACUUUGAAGAUUUGGAAAUCAAGUCUGUGCUUCUGGAUGAAAUUCUGAAGGAACCAGGCCAACCAAACAAAGACUAUGUAAUUAACUUUGAAAUCCGUUCACUACGUGACAGUCGCGCUCUGAUAGAGAAAGUUGGGAUUGAAGAUGCGUCUUUGUUUAUUGAAGACAAUCCACAUCCUAGACUUUGGCGAUUGCUUGCAGAAGCAGCCCUUCAGAAGCUUGAUCUUAAGACAGCAGAGCAGGCUUUUGUCCGUUGUAAAGACUACCAGGGCAUUGAGUUUGUAAAACGUCUGGGAAACCUUCAAAGCGAGUACAUGAAACAGGCAGAAACAGCAGCUUACUUUGGAAGAUUUGAGGAAGCUGAGAGAAUGUAUCUGGACAUGGACAGAAGGGAUCUGGCUAUUAGCCUAAGGAUCAAGCUGGGAGACUGGUUUCGAGUACUACAGCUGCUAAAAACUGGCUCUGGUGAUGCUGAUGAUGCCCUCCUUGAGCAAGCUUACAAUGCUAUUGGAGACUAUUUUGCAGAUCGACAAAAGUGGAUGAACGCUGUUCAGUAUUACAUACAAGGCCGAAAUCAGGAGCGACUGGCAGAAUGCUAUUAUAUGCUGGAGGAUUAUGAUGGACUGGAGAAGCUGGCAAACUCUCUUCCAGAGAACAAUAAACUUCUUCCUGAAAUAGCUCACAUGUUUGUUACUGUGGGUAUGUGUGAGCAAGCCGUCUCUGCAUUCUUGAAAUGCAACCAGCCUAAAGCUGCAGUUGAAACCUGUAUACAUCUGAAUCAGUGGAAUAAAGCCGUUGAGCUGGCCAAGAAUCACAAUAUGAAAGAAAUUGGAUCCCUUUUGGCUAAGUAUGCAUCUCACUUGUUGGAGAAGAAUAAAACUCUGGAAGCUAUUGAGCUUUAUCGAAAGGCCCAUCAUUUCCUGGAUGCUGCAAGGCUCAUGCUUAAGAUUGCUGAGGAAGAAGCCAAGAAGAGAACUAAACCUUUACGGGUUAAAAAACUUUAUGUACUGGCAGCAUUACUGGUGGAAGAUUACCACGAGCAGAUAAAGAACACUCAGAGGGCAAAAGUGAAAGGGAAGAGAUCAGAGGCCACAACAGCACUGGCUGGGUUACUUGAGGAAGAUGCAUCUUUAUCAGAUAAUCGUAUCAUUGACAUUGCUUGGCGUGGGGCAGAGGCUUAUCACUUCUUUUUGCUCGCACAACGCCAGCUCUACGAAGGCUAUGUAGAUGCUGCUAUGAAGACAGCUCUUCAUUUGCGGGACUACGAAGAUAUCAUCCCACCAGUUGAGAUUUACUCUUUGCUAGCCCUUUCUGCUUGUGCCAACCGAGCCUUUGGGACCUGUUCCAAAGCAUUUAUAAAGCUUGAAUCAUUAGAGACACUGACGUCAGAACAGAGCCAGCAAUAUGAGGACUUGGCACUUGAGAUAUUCAUCAAGCAUAGCCCCAAAGAUGGCAAGAAAUCUGAUUUGGAUAAUCUCCCAGAAGGAGGAGAAGGGAAACUUCCAACUUGUAUUGUGACAGGACGGCCAAUUGCAGAUUACCAGUUCUGGAUGUGCGGCAUCUGUAAGCACUGUGCUCAUGAACAAGACAUAAGCAACUACACUUUCUGUCCGCUUUGUCAUAGUGCCGUGGGGUAGAUCAGUAAAUACUAAACACAGACAUUUUAACUGUGAGUUGUUAGUUUAGACCCUUUUGCCACAUAAAAUGAGUUUUUAUAAAUUAACUUUGUCAUUACUUCAGUGUGUAAGUUUUUUUUUAUACUUAAUAACAUAACUUAGUCUAUACAACUAACGUUUAAUGCCAUUUCUUCAUUUACUUUUCAAACCAGUUACAUUAUUUGAAUGUGAUUUAGAAAAAUGGGAAGAUGAAUUUACCAAAUAAUAUUCUUCAUAUAUGUUCAGUCCUGACAAUUUUCGGUAAACCAGUCAGAUAACCGUUGAUUAAGGCUGCAGAUUUGGCACAGCAUUUUUUGUCAAAAAUCGCGGAGCAGUCACAGUGAAUGGUGCAGGUUUACAGGAAAAUGUUGAGAAAAGUCACAGGUAUGGAAAUUCAGUCAAACCUUUUCAUACCCAAUGUCUAAAAUGGGAUACAAUAAAAAAAACCUUACCGAUGAGUGUGGGAAGCGGCUGGGCUGUGUGUGUGCAUCCGUGUGUGCAAGAAUGCUUUGAAUUUCUUGCAUUAAUCUUGAGAGAGGCAGGCACAUUGAAUUGGAGCCGGGAGGAGACCGAGCUGUGUGCAGGCAAGCCUUGCGAGAACAGUUUGAAUUGCCCGCAUCAACCUUGAGAGCGGCCGGCACAUCUGCCAGGCUCUCAAGGUUAAUCAAGUUUAAUGCAGGAAAUGUAUGGGGGUCGGCUUUGUCACGGACAAACAGAAACAUCACAGUAUCCGUGACAUUUUUUCGCAUGUGACAGACUUGGAGUCCUAUUUAGGAUUAUUCAUAAAAUCGCUGACCAGGGUACAUUCAAAUAUGAUGAGAGCUUGGUUGGACUGUUGCAAAGUUCAAGCAAUUUGUAAACAUCUUUUGGACCUAAAUUGGUUUUGUUACCCAGUCUGAUACUAAUAUAUUUUGCUACAUUUAACUCAACAAAUAAUACUCAUGUUAUUUUUAUACUUAAUGAACUUAUGGUCCUGCAAGGUCAGCUGUAAAAUAAAGAUCUUGUAAAGGUAUGUUACACGACAAAAUGAGGCGAAAACCAUGGUUCAAUGAAAGAUUUAAGGUAAAGUAAAUCACAUCAGAUGACAGGAGGGACAAUGCAGGAAAAUAUUUUAUUGUGAUACUAUGGGGGUUAUAUCGCUACUGUAUAUUAAAGCAUUUUACUUGAGUUUGAAUGAAAUUUGAACUAAUAUUUUCUAGACAUGUGACCCUUAUCUGAGAUGUUAUGAAGAAUGCUAUAUAAAUGCAUGUUCACUGAUGCAUAUGUACAUACAUGCCACUUGACCUACAUUUACUACAUAGAAAUAUUUGAUAAAGCUGGUCUGAACAACAAAAAUCAUUUGUCAACAGCAAUAGUUAUUUUAUUGGGGGCCAAAAUGACUAUUUGUAACAGGAUUUCUUAAUAAAAAUUCCAAAACACAAAUGGGGGUUCCUUCCCGUAAGUAUAAACUAGUCCCCAAGUAGAUUGUGCCCGACUUAUUUGUUAGUGGAAAGAGCCCCUUUUGCAACACUAAAGUUCUUUUUAAGAAAUUGCCAUAUUUUAGACCACAUAACUGCGAGAAUCCAAGCUUCUCAGCAGUAUUAUCUUUUUGCAGUCAUCAGACAUAUUCUAUUUUGUUAGCUCUACAAAAUUUAAUUAAAAAUUACUAAAUACAUUUGUUUUGGCAAUGACACUAUUUGAUUUAUUUAGUGAGGUUUAACCACUUGAUUAUUGAAGGUAAUCUAUUCAACAUAAAAUACAAUAAGGCUUGUAGAUUGUUGUAUGUAAUGAGAUCAAGGAAGUUUGUUUCAGAUAUAAUGUUCUGUGAUAUCCUGAAGCAACUCUAUGGUAUUUUUUCUUACCUUUGUGGACAGCCUAUUAACUAGGUAUCUAAUGUUCAAAAAAGUGUUGUGAAAAGUUAUUUUUGGUGUAAAAAUUAAUUUACAACACCAAUAUCUUGUUUAUAAGAUUUGUACAACUUAUGCUGUAUGCAGUGGUAACCUGAUU